CGUUGUCAACCCAGCAAAAACUGGUCACAGUCAUGGCGCCUUCUCGAGCAUAUGUUCCUUCAAGGGCACUGAUCCGAGCCCUCUCGCGGCCGCAGCCUAGAAGGUGUCCGCUCGCCCGACCCCUCCCAGCCCAGUUUCUUCGUGGGAAACGCUCUAAAGCCACCAAAGAUGAAAAAGUACGCCACAAUGCCGAUGUAGAACCAAGCCCAUCGGUACUGGAGCGUAUUAAGGGCUCGCGAUCCAUAUUCGAUGACGAUGAAAGGAUGGAUAAAGCAAUGCGCCCAUUAUCCGACGCUGAACUGGAGCGCGAAGAUCUCCCCAUCAUCAAUUGGUACGAACAGGAUCUGGACAAGGGCACACCCCAGCGCCUCAUCGAGCGCAUAGCAACUGUCGAGGAUCGCAAAAAGGACAAAGAGAUGUACACCAUGAUAGAAGAGUCACAAAAGAACCCCGAGUACGACGAUGCCAAACUGAACCGGCGCCUCAUCGACAGCCUCCUCUCGAACCCAAACUUCGCUGAGUUGACGGAAGAGCUGAAGGAUAUCAAACAGAGCAUCAAAUCCAAAGAAGAGCUUGAAGCCAUGGACGAGGAAGAUGCACUCGAGGCUGAAGCAAGUAGCAAAGAGUUCAAUGCAGGUCUCCGAAUGGCCACACACGAGGCCAUACAAGAGCUCAUCGACGACCCAGAUAUCGGCGAUGCAAAGGCGGACUUACAAGAAGUCAUUGACAAGAUGCCGGAAAUGGAGGAUAUUGACAGCCCUGAGUUUCAACAAAUAUUGCAAAAGGCUAUGGCUAAGCUAGAAGGCAACGAGGCUAUGAAGAAGAAGAUUGCUGCGCUGGACCAAGAUAUAGACGAUGCAGAACUGGAGGAAGAAUGGGAGCAAUACCAGAGAAGCACCAGCGAUGCCAUCGUUGAAGCCGAAACGCCAGAUGACGAUCUUGCCAUGCCAACACCAGAAGACAUGCAGGAUGUGGACAAGCUUCUGCAUCAGAUGCGCGAUGUCAUGAAGUCACUGGGCGGCGACUCCAACCUCGAGGCCGAACUCGAUGCAGCACUCAGGGAGGACCCAACAGGCACACAAGAUCAAGAAGGCGUCUUCGAACGCGAAAUGGAUCCCGAAGAACUAGCCGAAGAACUCAAGAAGCUCGCUCUUUCUAAAGCAUCGCAGCCCCCACAGAUCGAAGAAGAGGAAGAAGAAGUACCUGCCGAACUACAAGCCAAGGUCGACAAGAUCAUGGAAGAUCCCAAACUGAUGGAGAAACUCAUGUAUAUCCAAAAACUUAUCUCAGAACAUAAGCCGCAGCCAGGCGACUUGACAACUCUUGCGCACGAGACGGCGCCAGAUCCAUACGAGCUCGAUGACAGUCGCACUGCUACACUCAAGGAGCGCAUGGUCAUGGCACGUCAGGACCCAGAACACAGCACUGCUCUCGACCGCCUUUGCGUCCACCUCCCACCCCCAUUCAAUAUCUCGCCUGCCCUCAAGUCCUUCAAUCAAGCAAUCCAGUUUGCGUACAUUGGAGCCAACGACGAUAUCAGACGUAUACUCUGGCGCUCGUACCAGAAAGCACGCUCGUUGCCAACUUUCCUACAAAACAUCAGUGAUGAGGCAUGGGAUAUCUUGUACUAUUCCCAAGCCGUCACCUGGAGUAGCAAUCAAAAUCGACAGAAUCAUCUCAAGAUUCUCCUCGCAGACUUGAAUAGUGUUGGCAGGGAUGGACCACCUACACAUCCCAGUACGCUUGCAAACGGAGGUGCAGAGUAUUAAGCUCUCUUGCGAGAAGUUGUACCCAAAGAACAUUGUACGAUAGAACAACAA